AUGGCAGUGUUGUGGAAUUCUGUUUUAUGGAACAGUGUCUUUAUUUUCUUGUUGUAUGCUGCUAUUUGUGAAGCUUACAGUCCCAGAGAAUGUGGAGUUCCAUUACGGAGACACACGAGGCAGCCCCGUGAGAGAUCGGUGGGACAACUUCGCAUUAUAAAGGGACGGGAGUCGAAAAGGGGUGCCUGGCCGUGGCAGGUAUCUCUUCAGCUGCUCCACCCCAACUAUGGACUGAUCGGUCAUUGGUGCGGUGGAGUGCUCGUCCACCCUCAAUGGCUUUUGACGACUGCACAUUGCAUACACAAUGAGCUGUUCAACUUGCCUGUUCCGGCUCUAUGGACAGCAGUUCUGGGCGAGUGGGAUCGAGCUGAACAGCGCGGGGCUUAUGUGCCCAUAGAGAGGAUUGUCCUUCAUCAUCGCUUCCAUAAUUAUCAGCAUGAUAUAGCUCUGAUGAAGAUGAUAAAAGCUGCUGAUUUCAGUGCCGGUAGCCGUAUCCGUGCUAUCUGCUUACCUCCUUAUGAACCACCCAUCAUUCACAAUACAGAGAGAAGCACUUCAUUCUAUAUGAAACCAGAAAGCGAAAUAAAAAGGAAACCAAGGCCACCCAGACCCAACCCAAAUAGCGCAACAAAAUAUUUGGAAAAGCUUAAUAAUUUAACCCAAACUGUAUUCUCAGGAAUGGGAAAUAAGAAACAUAAGAACACAAGAUAUAAUGUUAGAGUGUCAACUGUUAACAGACCGACAGAAAGAAAAAACGAUGAAGAGUCAAGUAGGGAAGAUAGUGAAAAGAAAAAUGGAGAUGCUGUAUACGAUAGUGCUUCGUUGGAUAGCGUAGUUAAACUUAUCAAAACUAAAUUUUCUAGAGACAAACAAAUAGAAAGUAAUAAAAGAAGUGAUAAAAAGCUAAUGUUUGGUGAAGAGAUAGAUCCUUUUAUAGAAGAUAAUAACAGUAUAGAUUUCAAAGAUGAGUGUUAUGCAACAGGAUGGGGAAGGGAGCAGACGAAUGGGACUUUAACAGAUGUGUUAUUAGAAGCGGAAGUACCAGUACUACCUUUGCAACUUUGCAGGGAUAGAUAUUCGUUAACGCUUCCACUAAAUGAUGGGCAUUUGUGUGCUGGGAGUACGGAUGGCAGUACUGGCGCAUGUGUGGGCGAUAGUGGGGGACCACUUCAAUGCAGGUCCGGUGGCCGCUGGGAGCUGCGUGGAUUGACGUCCUUCGGCUCGGGCUGUGCAAGAAUGGGUGUUCCAGACGUGUACACCAAUGUGGCGCAUUACGUGUCGUGGAUUUACGCGCAUGUUUAUGCCAGCUGA